AGCGGCCGGGCGCAGUGCGAGUCGAGCAGCCGAGGCGGGAAGACACGUGCGUCGUGUUGUGCCAAGAAGCAGACGCCGCUACCGCCAGUCAGCGCAGCCAGACGACGACCAAACUUCUUCCUUCCUCGCUAACACUGGACUCCUGACAGUGCUACACCGAAUAAUUAUUUUUCUUGUGACUGACACGUGCGUCGACUAUUAUAUUGACAGUGAUUGUUGCCGUGUCCCGUGAUGCGACUGUAGGCCGGGACGUCCCAGACAUGUCUUCCGCUGUCUACGUCCUCCUGUUCGCCCUGCUCACAGCAGGCGGAUGCAGCGGCCUGGCGACGCAGAGCUUCAGCGUCUCCCCUAACAACGUGAGCGUCCACGAGGGCGGCGAGGCGCUUCUCCAGUGCCAAGUGUCCAACCUCGGCGGCCAGGUGCAGUGGGUCAAGGAUGGCCUCGCCCUUGGCUACGAUGCGAGCAUUGCGGGCAUUCCCCGUUACUCGAUGAUCGGCGACCGCUCGAGCGGCGUCUUCAACCUGCGAAUCAUCAACGCCAGUCUAGACGACGACGCCGAAUUCGAGUGCCAAGUCAGCCCUGAGGGUCUUCACAAGGCGAUUCGCGCCGCCGCCAGGCUCACAGUCAUCGCUCCGCCAACUGGUUUGGAAAUUGUGGGCCACCCGAGCAACUCGAAGAUUGAAGUCAACGAAAACCAGGCUCUGACGCUCGAGUGCGUGGCGUACAAAGCGAAACCGCCGCCGACCAUCGUGUGGUAUCGCGGCGACACGAAGCUGCCAGAGAGAGACCUGAAAGUUUCUGUCACUGAAGUGCCGGAUGGCGGUCACGUGAAGCGAUUCGACGUCAAAAGUCGCAUCACCGUCAAUCCGACGAAGAGCGACGAUUACUCUGAAUACAAGUGCGAGGCGCAGCAUGAGGCGCUCGCCAGGGAGUACCCGCUGAACACCAAGGUGCAGCUGUCAGUUCUGUACCCCCCAGGUGAACCCCACAUCGACGGCUACUCGGAGGGCGAAACCAUCCGCAGAGGCCAGCAUGUGGAACUGACGUGCCGCUCGCGUGGCGGCAAUCCGCCGGCCCAGCUCGUGUGGUACAGGAACGACGUGCAGGUGAAUAUGAUGUACCACUCCAAGGGCCGCUACUCGGAGAACAUCUACAAGUUUGUGGCCAAGGCUUCGGACAACGGCGCUCGCUUCCGGUGCGAGGCGAGCAACGUCAGGAGCGUCAAACCACUCAAGGCGGAGGUCCAACUCACCGUCUACUUCGCCCCCGCCCAAGUGACAACCUCUGGACCGACCGAGGGCAAAGUAGGCGACACCCUGCAAAUCACUUGCACCACGGCCAACUCGAACCCGCCCGCCGAAAUUAAGUGGGUGGUGAACGGAAAGAAGCGGCCAAACACGACCAACAAUAGGACCGAGUCGCCGGAAGGAGGGUGGGUCACGUCCAGCAACCUCAACAUCACGAUCCCUGCUGGAGGGCAAAAGUCGCUCACCGUUUUGUGCCACGGAAGCAACCAGCACCUCUCUGAAAACCUCGUUUCCACGCACAGCAUCAACAUAUUGUAUCCACCUGGCGAGCCGUUCAUCACUGGCUAUGUUUCUGAUUCGAGUGUGGCCGCAGGAACCACCCAGAAAAUGGCAUGCAUCUCCUCUGGAGGCCACCCUUUGGCUACCCUGUCGUGGUACAAGAACGACAAAAAGAUACCUAGCAUUACCAAAGAAAUGGACAAAUCAGUGACAGCUGAGAUUACUUUCGUUGUGAACCAAACUGACAAUGAAGCUCGGUACAGAUGUGAAGCUACCAAUUCUGCGACGGAGGUGCCCUUGAUUGAUACAAGAAUCAUGCACGUCUACUACAAACCAGAGCAUGUGGUGAUUCGUCAGGAUCCGCCGAAGCUGAAACCUGGCCAGAAAGCGAACCUGACUUGCGAUAGCAGUGCGAGCAACCCUCCUGCCACCCUUUCUUGGUGGAGAGCUGGCAUUCCAGUGAGCGCCGAACCUGGUGCAAUCACCUUUUCCAACGGACCUGGGCUCUACGGUGGCAAAACCUCUUCGAGCACCCUCUCCUUGAAUGUUGAGGCUGACGUCGAUGGACUCACAUACAUCUGUCAAGCCCACAACGCAGAACUUGGCGAAAGCGUGAACCAAGCAUUGACCCUGAAUAUUGUUUACAAACCAGUGUUUGACGGAGAACCUAGCUCUGGAAUGCGCCAGGUGACUGUCAUUGAAGGAGAACAGGGCCACAUUUCCUUCAGCGCAAGAGGAAACCCGCCAGAACUGACCUUCAUGUGGUCAUUGGACAACAAACCGUACAAGCCAUCAGCACGAGCCCUCGUGGAAGGUGCCUCCCUCAACCUAAGCACCGUGCGACGGGAAGAUGCUGGCGUCUACAGUCUGCAUGCCACCAAUUCUGAAGGCUCCUCCUCCAGCAAAGUGCAACUGGUGGUCAAAUACUCUCCGAAAAUCACGCCAGGCCUCAGUGUGGUGAUGGUUGAGGAGAGCGAGAAUGCCACUUUGACGUGCAAAGCUGACGCCGUGCCGCUAAGCCAGGAGCACUUCAGCUGGAAAAGAGGCGGCGCGAAUGUGAAAGAGCGAGCCUCUGUCACCUUCGCCAACGGCUCGUCCGUGCUGAAAAUCCACGCGGCCACCAAAAAGGACAUGGGGCAGUACGAGUGCAUAGUCAACAACGGCAUUGGCGCCGUGGCCAAGGCGAAUGUGACCCUGCUGAUCAAGCACAAGCCUGAGUUCAUAGUCACGCCAGACAUUGCAAAAUCUGCCGCUAAGGACGGAAAAGAAGCGCGGCUGGUGUGCAGGGCGAAGGGAGCGCCGCAGAUCAACUUCCAGUGGUCUAAGAAUAAGAAGCAAAUCAACGCCAACACCUCUGAGAGAUACAUCACGGCCGUCAACAAGCUGGAUGAACUGACUUAUGAGAGCACCCUAGUCAUCAAGUCUGUGAAGUAUAAUGACUUUGGACCUUAUGAAUGCACCGCUAGAAACAUCAUGGGAUUUGAAAAUCACAACAUCAAGCUUGAAGUCACGUCAAAGCCCGAUCCUCCAGUGUCCAUGUCAGUGGUGAACAUCACUCAUAACAGUAUUACCAUCGCCUGGGUGCCUGGCUUCAAUGGAGGCUUGCCGCAAUCCUAUAUCAUUCAGUACAGGAGAAUCGGCACCGAGUCCAAAAACCAGGUCAACGUGAUCCCCUUGAACAGCACAAGCCAGGAAAUCACAGGCCUGAUGCUCGGCACCGAGUAUGAGAUUUUGAUGUGGUCCAAAAACGAGCUGGGUGAGAGCCAGCCAGUGAGAAAUGCUGUCAGAAGUACUACACUGAACACGGCGCCCCCCACCUUGGCGCCGCCCCCUUCGUCGGCGCCAGGGCACGGAGCGCCGUCGCCCUCCUCCCCCUCGUCGCCGCCGCCCGCCCUGGUUGCCGGGGUGGCCUUGUGUGCUGUACUCUUGGUGCUUCCCCUGGUGGUGGGUCUUUGCUACUGCGUGUCCCGGCGCAGGAGAAAGAACAACAGAUUGCUCACAGGUGCAAGUGAACAAGGGAGCAACAAAAGUGGCAACAUUGAAAUGUAUGCACCAAGUAGCUUCAAUGAGACUGUGACUGGAGAGACUUUGAGCUCUAUUUCUGAGAAAAGUGAGACUUACUCCAACGGAGAAGCUGUUGAGGAAUUCAUUGAACAAGGCUCGAAGCGUGCAGCCAGCACUUACCUGAUUGACCAGGUGGAGCCGCCGGCGCAGUAUGCAGGCUACAUGCACCCCGGCAGCCGCCAGAGCACCCUCACCAGGCAGCACAAGCCAGUCGUGCCCAACCAGGAGCUCGACCAGGAGGCUGUCUACGUCGACUCUCUCCGCAGAAACGCUUACAACCACUCUAUUGGGGAACACAAGGGCUACCACCCUGCUCCGCCCCCGGAGCUGGACCCGUCUGCGUACUACCCUCAGGAGCGUUACUACCCUCCGCCCCCGGGGCCAUUCAGCCGGCCGGCGCUGGGCAACGGCUUGACCCACCGCCACGUGGUGCCGCCGCCUGACGUGACCAUGCUGGUGCACACGGCCAACGGACCCGUGGUGCCCAGGAUGCCCCCCAAAGUGCCCUCGACGCCGACGUCGCACCUCACCACUUUCGCCCAGCCGCACCCAGCGGCCGAAGGACGCAGCCUCGAGACUGAAGGCCACCUUGUCUAGUUGUUGUGCCAGCCGCACUGAGAUAUCCCGUGAGAAGGAGACAACUAGCGACGAAUCGCGUGGUGCCGAAAAUACCAAAACCUUUAUCUAAUUUAACUGCGACUACUGUUAAAGAUGUAUUAAAUUUGUAAUGUCUCUGAAACGAUGAUCUGCAAACAAACUCGAGAGCUGUGCGCGAGACGGACCGUCUGCUCGCUCUCCUUGUCUUUUCUAGUUUCCUCUGUCUCGCGCUGUUUGAGUUUGUUUAGUCACAAGAAUCAAAGAAUGCCCUGUUCGCUUUGGUUUGUUAUUAUUUUAAGGUGUACAAUUGACAAAUUAGGAAGCUGUAUCGUGCUACGCUGUAAUUUUUGAUUGUGUUUAAAUUAAAACCUACAUUUUUGAUAAUGUAAUGAGUAAGACUUGGGUUUGACAAGAGAUUCCCCUCUUUUCAUCAACUGGAUGCAUUUUGUCAAAACAUUUCAUUUGUUUGUAAUUAAUUAUAUUUCACCUAUUUUUGUAUGCCCAAUUUUUACAAAGCAGAUUUCAGAGCAGUUCCGAGGAAGACGCGAUGUGAUGUGCAAAAUUUCUCAUCUUUGCACCAAAAAGCGAUCGAUAUUCCCAUGAUAUAAAUGAUGAAAGUGCUCAAAUGGAUCUCAAGUCAAGAACAAAUGGUUUCGACCUACGCUUGGACGAUUUGCAGAAUCAAGUGCUUCACUGUUACUCUUUUGCGGAUAUGACGAGACGUAGAGUCACUCACACGAACAAUCCAACAAUGAACUGAACCCUUGUUCACUAGUGUUAAAAUUACGACAGGAUAUUAAGGAGGGGAGAAGCAUUAUUGAGGAAUGCAUUCAAUUGACACCGAGUCAGUGAUUUUUGUACAUUUUUAGUUCUCUGUGACGCUGCUGAGAAAAUAUGUCAGAUUUAUGUGGCAUGUGUAGGACGAUUUCUUGCUUUUUGGUUAAUUUAUUUGUGCGCGUGCAAGUGAAAACCCAUUUCCUUCCUCUCACCCAAGAAGGAAGAAUCAUUAUUAAUUGAGGCUAGCAGUGGAAUCGAAUGGACCGUCCGGGAAGUCGUCGAUCGAUCGAUGAGACAGAAAUUGCUCACUGAAUAUAUAGACAGCGUGCUCUUCGCGAGUGGUUUCGUUCCCAGUUUUAUUGCUUCGAGAACUCUGGAGUCCCCACUGGUCCAUUGUUGCUUGUGAAACGAAUCAUCUAGUUUAUUUUUUACGUUUUUGAAAGCAUGUCGAGAGAAGCGAGAAUGUUAAAAUAAAAUGAAAUCCAGAAAGCAAGCUGGAGGUUAAGGGGAGAACUCACCGUCUUUUAAAAUGCGCAGAUGAUAAAUCGAAAAUUGUCUCUCUGUUUUAAGUAGCGUGACCAAAGACAAAUAAAAGAUGGAAACACACAAACUUGUAUGAUAAAAUUUACAGAUACGAUGAAUUGAUGAAUGCCCCAGUGAUUGGGCGUCGUUUUUUGAAUAAAAUAUGUACAGGGUAUAAUGAUUGUUAAAAAACA